CCGCCUCUCCCCUGCCCGCCCGCUGCCCGCAGAGCCAUGGCCGGGCUGCGGAGCUGCGGGCUGCUCCUCUGCCUGCUCCUGGCCCGGGCCAUGCACGUCCCCGACUACUCCUACGUGCUGGAGGAGGAGGAGGAGGACGCCGAGCCCCUGGACUACAAGGACCCCUGCAAAGCCGCCGCCUUCCUGGGAGACAUCGCCCUGGACGAGGAGGACCUGCGGCUCUUCCAGGUGGAGCGGGUGGUGGACCUGGCGCACCGCACCAUCACCCGCCUGCCCACCAACUCCUCAGGCAGCCCCCAGGCGCGGAGACGGGGCCGGCAGCGGGCACGGAGCCGCCGCGCCGCCACCUCGCGCCCCGAGCGCGUGUGGCCGGACGGGGUCAUCCCCUACGUGAUCAGCGGCAACUUCAGCGGCAGCCAGCGAGCCAUCUUCCGGCAGGCCAUGCGGCACUGGGAGAAGCACACCUGCGUCACCUUCCUGGAGCGCAACGACGAGGACAGCUACAUCGUCUUCACCUACCGGCCCUGCGGGUGCUGCUCCUACGUGGGCCGCAGAGGCGGGGGGCCGCAGGCCAUCUCCAUCGGCAAAAACUGCGACAAAUUCGGCAUCGUGGUGCACGAGCUGGGCCACGUCAUCGGCUUCUGGCACGAGCACACGCGCCCCGACCGGGACGACCACGUCUCCAUCGUCCGGGAGAACAUCCAGCCAGGGCAGGAGUACAACUUCUUGAAGAUGGAGCCGGAGGAGGUGGAGUCGCUGGGCGAGACGUACGAUUUCGACAGCAUCAUGCACUACGCCAGGAACACCUUCUCCAGGGGCAUUUUCCUCGACACCAUCCUGCCCAAGUAUGACGUGAACGGGGUCCGGCCCGCCAUCGGCCAGCGCACACGGCUGAGCAAAGGAGACAUCGCCCAGGCCCGCAAGCUGUACCGCUGCCCAUCCUGCGGGGAGACGCUCCAGGACAGCCAGGGCAACUUCUCCUCGCCCCAGUUCCCCAACGGGUACUCUGCCCACAUGCACUGCGUCUGGAGGAUCUCCGUCACCCCCGGAGAGAAGAUCAUCCUGAACUUCACCACCCUGGACCUCUACCGAAGCCGGCUGUGCUGGUACGACUACGUGGAGGUGAGAGACGGGUUCUGGAGAAAGGCCACGCUGCGAGGCAGGUUCUGCGGGAACAAGCUGCCCGAGCCCAUCGUCUCCACCGACAGCCGCCUCUGGGUCGAGUUCCGCAGCAGCAGCAACUGGGUGGGCAAAGGCUUUUUCGCCGUCUACGAAGCCAUCUGCGGGGGGGAC